UAACAGUAUUGGCGGUCACUUAUCAUUUAGCGUAAUAGGGGAAUAAACUAUGCUAUUGGAAUCAAGAAGGAUUUGACUGUGCUUUGGGGAACACUAUUUUCCGUUUAUACAAAUAGCCUCGUGCCUUGUAGAAAACCUAUUUAGAUGGUGUAGAAGUGACAACCGGAUUACGGAUUGUUUUUAUUUGUUGCAAAUGCAAGGAAUCUGUCGCAGUGGCCUACAAUAUUUUACAACGAAUUGAAACAAACAGAAGACGUGACAAUGGCUAUGCAUUUAUAUCAAGUUAGUAGUAUGCUACUAGAAAAUACCGUCGGGAAAAUGAGCGACAACGUGACAUCGGUGGUCCUUGCAGUGUUUGUGAUCACCCUAACUUUGGGAUAUAUUUCUAAACUGGUGCUCAAACAGUCACAAUCUUCUUCCGACGAAGACAAGAAAUACCCACCAUACAUACCUUCUAGCAUUCCAUUUCUAGGUCAUGCCAUAGCAUUUGGGAAAAGUCCCAUUGAAUUUCUGGAGAAUGCAUAUGAAAAGUAUGGGCCCGUUGUCAGCUUUACCAUGGUGGGCAAAACCUUUACCUACCUUCUGGGUAGUGAGGCUGCCACACUGAUGUUCAACAGCAAGAACGAAGAUCUCAAUGCAGAGGAUGUCUAUUCUCGAUUGACCACGCCAGUUUUUGGCAAAGGGGUUGCAUACGAUGUACCUAACCAUAUUUUCCUGGAACAGAAGAAGAUGUUUAAGACAGGACUGAACAUUGCCCAUUUCAAACAGCACGUUGAAAUCAUCGAGGAGGAAACUAAAGAGUACUUUUCAAGAUGGGGAGACAGCGGGGAAGAAAACCUGUUUGAGGCCCUGUCGGAGCUGAUCAUCCUGACGGCCAGUGCCUGUCUGCAUGGGAAGGAGAUCCGCAGCAUGUUGGACGAGAAGGUGGCCCAGCUCUACGCAGACCUGGACGGGGGCUUCAGCCACGCUGCCUGGCUGCUGCCCGGCUGGCUGCCGCUGCCUAGUUUCAGACGAAGGGACAGAGCACACAGGGAGAUCAAGAACAUCUUCUACAAAGUCACCCAGAAACGCAGAAGCUCUGGAGAGAAAGUGGACGACAUGCUGCAGACCCUCAUAGAUGCCACUUACAAGGAUGGGCGGCCCCUGAAUGAUGAUGAGAUAGCAGGCAUGCUGAUUGGUCUACUCCUGGCUGGACAGCACACAUCCUCCACCACUAGUUCCUGGUUGGGCUUCUUUCUGGGCAAAGAUAAGGCUCUACAGGACCGCUGCUACGCUGAACAGAAAACAGCAUGUGGAGAAGACCUGCCCCCACUCAACUUUGACCAGCUGAAGGACCUGACUUUGUUGGACCGCUGUUUGAAAGAGACCCUCCGACUACGUCCACCCAUCAUGACCAUGAUGAGAAUGGCACGCUCUCCUCAGACUGCAGCAGGCUACACCAUCCCAGCCGGCCACCAGGUGUGCGUGUCCCCGACGGUCAAUCACCGUCUGCAGGACACCUGGACAGAGAGGAUGGAGUUCAGGCCUGACCGCUACCUCAAUGAUAACCCUGCCGCAGUUGAGAAAUUUGCCUAUGUGCCUUUUGGAGCCGGCCGUCACCGCUGCAUUGGGGAGAACUUUGCCUACGUUCAGAUCAAGACCAUCUGGUCUACCAUGCUGCGCCUUUUUGAAUUUGACCUGGUCGAUGGCUACUUCCCCACAAUCAACUACACAACCAUGAUCCACACCCCACACAACCCCGUCAUCAGAUACAAGAGGAGGCAACACUAAGAGACACUGAGCUCAAAACACAGCAGAGAAAAGAGGUUACACCCAGGAGAAGGGCAAGGCUUUGUCCAAAAUGGCUUUCUAUUCUAUAGUGUACUCAUUCUGUCCAGAGCAUCAUAGGGCUGCGGCCAAAAGUAGUGCACUAUAUAGGAAAUAGGGAGCCAUUUCAGAUUUCCCCCAACAAACAACCGUACUUACCAUAAAUGGUUUGAUUUAGAGGAAAUUAUUGUACUUGAAUUUAGGAACUGUGCAAGUUAAUGCACAGAGUUCUGGCUGGAAAUUAACUUUACUUUGUGUUGCCCCCACCUUAUGUUUGCCUUGUUUUUUAGUUGUUAGAAUGGACACUGAAUCAGUUUGUUUCUUCACUAACAGCUUCUCUUUAGUAGUCUAAUCCUAAAUUAGAUCCGUUUGUGCAGGCUUCAUCUUUUGGCCAUUCCAUUUCAACUGUCAUGGUAAUACAUAUAACGUGAGCUACAAAAGUAUUGGGACAGUGGCACAUUUUUUGUUGUUUUGGCUCUGUACUCCAGAACUUUGGAUUUGAAAUGAUACAAUAACUAUGAUAUUUAUGCCUCUGUA